AGAUAGGGUUCGUAAUUUAAGAGUAAAUCUCAUAUUUGUAUUUGUAAAGAGGGUUAAAGCUAAAUUUAAGUAAAAGACAGUGUCAAUUGUAAGGGUUUGAAAAAGUAAGCACCAGCCACAACCACACCAUAAUGCAUAAUUCUAUCCACAACGCGAAACCAGCCGUAAGCAGCUCUACCAUUCAUUUUACGCUACGCUACGCUACGACACCACCAACUCCUCAACACCAUUCCCAUAUUCUCUUACUUACUUUUUCCCAUUUUUUUUUUUAAACUUCCACGCAUUUCCUACCUACAAUCAUGUACUUCCAUUUUGGUCCUGGGAUGCACCCUCUCGCUUCCACUGUUUCAAUGUGUUCUUCCAAUUUUACAUCAUUUCCAGCUCUACAGGAACUGAAUCCCAACUUACAAGCCUUCCCAUUUGCGGGAGUGUUGAAAUUAGCGUCCCAUUCACACUUACGCUUUGUGGGUUUAAUCCCAUUUUGCGUCUUCUUCACACUUGAGGGUAUGUUGGAUUAUACACGUAUCGGUUGGUUAUGUUCAGUUGGGAACCCAGAAUGGGCUAAGCUACUCAUAUAACUGCAUUCCCUUUUCCUCUCUCCAUAUAUACCAAUCGUUAGCUUUUAUUCAAAUGGUGUCUUGUACAAGACAUUGAGAAACAUGGCUACUACCCAAUUAAAAAAUGGUGAUGAUUUCAGAUACCUUGUUGUGCGCCCGGAGAAGGGUGGAAUCAGGGACGUUUUCCGGUGCUGGGUUUGGCCGGAUGGCGACGGUGCACGGAGAUUCUUCGAGAGCUCCGAUGAGGGUGUUUUUGAUGCGAAGGUUUCGGAAAGCAGAUGGAUCGUUGUGGUAUCAAUUCUGAUUCGAAAAAUUAUAGCGAUUUUGGGGAAACCAUUGGAGUGGACUGGCAAUGUGGUGGAAUUCACUCUCAAUCUUCUGUCUGUGAAUGCCAAUCUUUUAGGAUUGCUCUGCAAUAUCGUACGCGGAGAUGUGGUAGUGCCACGGAGGGGCACUGAGACUUUUAUCAGCACCGUUGGGCUUUUAGAUGGGCGAAUGGAUCUAUUAAAUGAAGAAAAAAUGCUUCAAGGAACUACUAAUUUUGUUUCUGAAGAAAGAGGCUUAGGACUUGAAAUGGGCAAUCGGAAUCUAGUGGACCUUUGCGUCAUGGCUUCAAAAUUAUCUUAUGAGAAUGAAAAGGUCAUUCAAAAUAUCGUGCUUCGUUAUUGGAAGAUGCAUUUUGUGGGCUUCUACAAUUGCUGGAAUGAUUUUCAAAAGGACAACUGUACUCAGGUGUUCAUAUUGUGCAAUAAGCCUAAAGACGCGAAUUUGAUAUUGAUUAGCUUCAGAGGCACUGAACCCUUUGAUGCAGAUGACUGGAGCACUGAUUUUGACUACUCUUGGUACGAGAUCCCAGAAGUCGGGAAAAUUCACAUAGGAUUCUUAGAGGCUCUUGGUUUGGGCAACAGAAAAGACACCAAUAGCUUCAACGGUCACCUUCAGGCAAAAACCAGUAUUAGCUCCAUUGCUUCAGAUGUUUCUCAUGGUAGUACAAGUCCAUUUGGGCAUACCAAAUCAACAAUCUCAAAGAUUGAUCAAAACAUUGAACAGUUUGAUGAAGUUACACCAGAAGUGGAGCAGUUGACUGCAUACUACACGGUAAAACUUCAACUCAGGAGAUUACUUAUGGAGCAUAAAAAUGCAAAGUUUGUGGUCACUGGUCAUAGUUUAGGCGGAGCACUUGCAAUAUUAUUCCCUACAGUUCUGGUGCUGCACGAGGAAAUGGAAAUAAUGGGUAGGCUAUUGGGCGUAUAUACAUUUGGGCAGCCCAGGGUUGGGAACAAGCAACUGGGGCAGUUCAUGGAGCCCUAUUUGGUAAAUCCCAUUCCAAGGUACUUCAGGGUUGUAUACUGCAAUGACAUUGUACCAAGGUUGCCUUACGACAAUAAAGCUUUUUUAUUUAAGCAUUUUGGAGUCUGUCUAUACUACGACAGCCUAUUCACUGAACAUAAAGUAGAUGAGGAACCGAACAAGAAUUUCCUCGGGAUUAGAUACCUGAUACCGGAAUAUCUCAAUGCUUUUUGGGAGCUGCUCAGAAGCUUGCUGAUGGGCUACACACAUGGACCUGAGUACAAGGAGGGAUGGUUUUGCAUAUUGGCAAGGGUGAUAGGACUGGCAUUUCCUGGUAUUUCUGCUCAUAGCCUCACAAAUUAUAUCGAUUCUGUGAGGCUUGGCAAGAAGAGCCAAUCCCUUUGAAGAUUCCAGUGAUUGUUUACUUGGCAAGGCAAGGGCAAGCUAAUUCCAUUCCUCCACGUGCUAUAGCUUAUUCCAAUUAGGGAUGUUUUAAGGUUAGCAGUUUCUGACCCAGACACAAUUUAUAAGUAGGAUAAUUGUUUGUCAAUAUAUACUGGAAAUAAUGUUAUUAUAUAUAGGGGUUGUCUUGUUCCUAAUUACCUACCCUGUAUUACUGUAGUUGAAAGAACAAUACUAAUCUUGAUUACCAAAUCUUUUUGUCUUUCA